AGCACCAGCUGCACCACCUGCAGUAGCAGCAGGAGCACCAGCUGCACCAGCAGCAACAGCUGCAGUAGCAGCAGAAGCACAGCAACACCAGCAGCACCAGCAGCAGCGGCAGCACAGGAGCACCGGCUGGGCACCUUCCGCCAGGAGCUACCGGUAUCGACCAAUCAGAUCACGCCUGCCGCUAAAUUUCCUCACCGAGUGGUAAAUGAACGCCGAUGUCCACGACGCCACCUGGGGUGCAAGCGGCGUCACGUGGGGUGAAAGCGGCGCCACGUGGGGUGCAAGCGGCGUCACCUGCGGUGCAAGCGGCGUCACCUGCGGUGCAAGCGGCGUCACCUGGGGUGCAAGCGGCGCCACGUGGGGUGCAAGCGGCGUCACCUGCGGUGCAAGCGGCGCCACCUGCGGUGCAAGCGGCGCCACCUGGGGUGCAAGCGGCGUCACCUGGGGUGCAAGCGGCGCCACUCGCGGUCGUGCGGCGGCUGCCGAAUGCGGCCUGGGAGGAGAACGCACGGCGAGAGAGAGAGAGGUCGGCGCAUUCGUUUGCGGCGAAGAUUUUGCACGCGGAUUCGUCCGCACUUGGGUUUUCGCGGUGGACGCAACAACGGCGGACGCGAGACGUUCGACGUUCCGUGGCGAGAUGCUGCGGUGCCGGUGGUGGUGCGGGUGUCGCGGCGAGCCUACGUCCUGCGGCGAUUCCCGCACGGCACAGAACCACGGCGCGCGGUUCCUCGGCCGCGUACAUGGAAGGCGCAGCCCGAAAACGAGCAGCUCUUAUCAUGUAGCGACGUCACACCCAGGGUGUCACACCCAGGGUGUCACACCUAUCCAGGGUGUCACACCUAUCCAGGGUGUCACACCUAUCCAGGGUGUCACACCUAUCCAGGGUGUCACACCCAGGGUGUCACACCCAGGGUGUCACAUCCAGGGGGUCACACCCAGGGUGUCACACCCAGGGUGUCACACCCAGGGUGUCACACCUAUCCAGGGUGUCACACCUAUCCAGGGUGUCACACCUAUCCAGGGUGUCACACCUAUCCAGGGUGUCACACCUAUCCAGUGUGUCACACCUAUCCAGUGUGUCACACCCAGGGUGUCACACCCAGGGUGUCACACCCAGUGUGUCACACCCAGGGUGUCACACCCAGUGUGUCACACCCAGGGUGUCACACCCAGUGUGUCACACCCAGUGUGUCACACCCAGUGUGUCACACCCUGGGUGUCACACCCAGGGUGUCACACCCAGGGUGUCCUAUCCAGGGUGUCACACCCAGGGUGUCACACCCAGGGUGUGACGUCCCGUGCUUUUGUUCAACGCGAGCGGGAAGAUUCAUUAAUGAGGGGGGAUUGGGUGGGGGGGUGACAACAAAGACUUUAAAGUUGAGGGCCGGUGCUGUCGAGUGACUUCGCAGCGCAGCAAAUGGAUCAGCUCCGCCCUGCAGGGCCCAAGUGGGAGCAACGACGACGACGAUGAUGAUGAUGAUGAAGAGCAGUUGGAGUUUGAGGAGGAGUUGUAGGGGGAGGGAGGAGGGGGAGGGAGGGAGGGAGGGAAGGAGGGGGAGAGGUUCGGUCAAGCAGCAGUUGUAUGACAGUGAUCGUGGCCACGUCUGGGACGGGGCGAUCACGCCAAACAUUGCGCGGAUCGACCGCCGACGGCCGUGAGAGGUGUGGAGGGUCUGCGGCUCGUGUCGGUGUCUCGCUACGCCGCGUGCGCCGUACGCCGGACUCGCUGCGGUUACCGCCACGCACGCGACGCCCCCGCUCACCGUGAUGAUGUCGAGAGCUUCGCAGUCGACCCGGGAAACGCGCAGCUCAGUUACUGCCUGGAACGGAAAAGGCGCAGCCACGCAACCGCUUGCUUCGCGGCACCGCCGGAUGAAAAUCCCCGACUCGAGGAGAGCUCUCUCUCUCUCACUCUCUGGAGGUGGUUUAGUUUUUGUUGUUGUAUCUUACUCCUCUAGGCUGGCCCAGACGCCUUGACAAGAGGAUGACGUGGCCCACACUUUACUCCCACCGCACGUGACGGUGCCGCGUGAGCUCGAUUUGUGCCGUAGCCGUUUGCAAUCGCAGGGUGGACACAGGCAGUGAGAUCGAGGGGACCGGCGCACCGAUCUUUCAACCACCGCGCCGGGACAACAAAUGGAGCCCGGCGACAUUCCGGGUGCGGCACCAAAAGCAGAUCGUGACCCCCACUCCCCUCGCGACAACCGCGAGAAGACCCACGAGGAUUUCGAGGGCUGCUGCUUUUUCCUGGGCAAGUAAAGCGACACCACGAGACACCUCCCUGCGCUGUGCCCUCGAGGAGACCAUCACCUCGGGACCACGGCGACAAGGACCACGGCAACGGGAACCAAGGAGACGGGAACCAUGGCGAGCCUUACUGGGCGCUCGUGGUGUUCAAUGCAAAACGCGAAGGGGCAGGGGCACGCGAACAAAGAGACAAUUUUCAACUCUUAUUUUCGAGAGUCUGGCGGCAGACCGCAGCAGAUUCGGGGAGCGAUCGCCUCUGUCCCUGAUCCUGAUGAGGUACUCGCGACCGGGAGAUCGUUGCGUUCUCUCGGCUGCGUCUCGCUCUCUCUCACUCUCUCUCGGCUCUCCGUCUCUCCCUCUCGGCUCUGGCUCUGUCUCGCGCCAUCACUUGCCGCCCGCGUCUCAGACACCCGCGGCAACCGCUGCCGGGGAGGUGCUGUCGCUGCGAGGAGGAGCGCCGCACGGACCGCGAGCUCCGUUCCAGGAUCCGUUCCGGCCUCGGGAGGGUGGCGAUGCCUCGCGGCGUCCGGGAUGCCCGUUGAGUGAUGGCCGUGUUUGUCUCUCCUCCUCUGCCAUGCUCGAUCGCGUCUGUAAAUGGCUUCUCGUUUCGUCGACGCUCUCCUGUAAAUGCGUUCCCCGUGCUGGCGUUUGUCCUGCAGCUUCAUAAGCAAAACAAAUUGUUCCGGUGCCUUACAAUAUAUGUAUUAUUAUUCACCCCUCCACCCCGUUUUUAUACAAGUGUAACAAAUCUAACGGCUUUAAGAAAAACAGUGUAAAAUAAAUCGAAAGGAUAGAUUCGAACGAGAGUGGA